ACUUCAUUCACUGCACCACUGAUAUACCAGUUCAGUGACUGCAGCACCUUGCAUUGCAUCUUGUCCUUGACGUUAUCUUGUUGAUAAUUUAAUCAAAAGUUUUAUCGUUACUGCCAGCUGCUUACGUUUUUUCCUAAUGAAAAGAAAUCCAUAAAAAAAGAAAGAAAAACAAAAGUCUAUUGAAUCAAAAGUGCAAUAUCUCGUCUUCCAAAAAAAUGACACUCUUUUAUUAUGUUUACAAAAUACAAAUAAUAAUCGGAUAUUAUUACUUAUGUGUAAAUGCUUUAAAAAAUAACAGUGGCUGUCAAUGCGGAAACAGAUUGAAUCGUCAGGCAAUUUUCAAUCCGCAAGCAGGAUAUUGUGUCAUAGAUAAUUCUAAAUUUGAUGCGAUUGACAUAAACGAGGAGAAAACGAAAAAAAUGAUUAAGAUAAAUGCUGGGACAUAUUUUAUAGGAACGAAUAAUCCAGUUAUUGUAGCUGAUGGGGAAGGACCAAAACGUGAAGUGAUAUUAGAUAGUUUUUAUAUAGACAAAUUCGAAGUAAGUAAUGAAGAGUUUGCAACUUUUGUAAAAAACACUGGAUAUGUAACGGAAGCAGAAAAUUUUGGAGAUUCUUUUGUCUUUGAAGAUCUUUUAACACAAGAUAUGAAAAACAAAAUCACCAAAACAGUUGCACAAGCUCCUUGGUGGAUGCCUGUGAAACAAGCUUCAUGGCAACAUCCAGAAGGACCUGAUUCAAAUAUCACUUACAGAAUGGACCAUCCUGUUAUUCAUGUCUCCUGGAAUGAUGCAAUUGCUUAUUGUAACUGGAUGAAAAAGAGAUUGCCAACUGAAGCAGAAUGGGAAGUCGCAUGUCGUGGUGGACUUACAGAUAGGCUAUACCCUUGGGGAAAUAAAUUUAUGCCAAACAAUCAGCACAAAGCCAAUAUUUGGCAAGGCAAUUUUCCUACAAAAAACACUGAAAAAGAUGGGUACAAAGGUACAUCGCCAGUUACAAUGUUUCCACAAAAUAAAUAUGGUUUACAUAAUAUUGUUGGAAAUGUUUGGGAAUGGACAGCUGAUUGGUGGAUAACAAGGCAUUCAAGUGAUCAACAAACAAAUCCUGUUGGUCCAUCUAGUGGUAAUGAUAAAGUAAAAAAAGGUGGCUCUUAUCUUUGUCACAAGAGUUAUUGCUAUAGAUAUAGAUGUGCUGCACGUAGUCAAAAUACACCUGAUACAUCAGCUGGGAACUUAGGCUUUAGAUGUGCUACAUCAGCAUAACUAAAAUAAGGAACUUUCUAAGAAACUUCUAGAUAGUGGGCAAAUUGUUUUUGAAGCUUGGAAAAUUCUAAGGCAUAAGUGACAUUUGCCUGAUAACUUUCCAUCUGAAAUUAUAUAUCCAUAAAUUUA